AUGGAUGGUAUCAACGAGAAUGCCUGGUGGACAUUGCCUGAAAACUUGGAUGCUCCACUUGUGACAUUCAUUGAUGAAGCCCAGGAAGAGCACAUAUUUGUUGUGUGUUCAGGCCAUGAGGACUUAUACCUCAGAAGCAUCGAGCUACACAGCAACACCCUCAUUCAACUGGAGAGGUGGUUUACAGCCUCAGGCCAGACUCGAGUCUCUGUGGUUGGACCACUCAGAGCAAAGCGGUGGUUGAUGGAUAUGAUUCGGAGUGUGGGGAGCCAGCAAGCUUACCACCAGGCCCGAGGUGAAAAGAUGUUGCAUCGAGUCCAGAACCAACCCCUGACCAAAGCUGACUUGGAUGACUCUUUCAGCAUGCUCGCAUACAUAUUUGGCCUGAUUCUUGAUAUCGUUUUUGGGUUCUGACCUGGCUGGCUUCGACCUCACAGAGAUACACCUGGCUUUGCCUCCCGAGUUCGGGGAUUAAAGGAAUUCCCCAGUGCGGGGAUUAAAGGUGUUCACAACUGCCAGGCUCAUAGUUACUAUUUUCUACCGAGAAAAUAAUGUACUGUUGAAAAUAAUCCUGGACUUUUCAAGUAUAACCUGAUUUUAUGUUCACGCUAUCUGUAUUAUUUCUCCUGCUGUUGUACAUAAAAUCUUUUUUACCUUCAAAAAAAAGGACAAACACUAUUGAAUUGUUUAAGGUAACAUAUAUAGAAUAUACAAAUCAUGGAGACAGAAAAAUUAGACAUUAUCUCAAGAUGUACAAGAAAGAAAUAAAGGGCAAUGAUUUCCUAAGUAGAGAAUGUCUGUUUUGUGUGAGGGAAAUGUCCCACAAAUGGAGAAUAGAAUCAAGAAACAAUAUCAUGAAUGUAUUAAAUCAAUAAAUUAAUGUAAUUCAUGACUAUCAUAAAUAUAAUGAUUGAAUGAAUACUGUGAAUGUAA